UUCACCUUUUAUAUAUAUAUAUAUAUAUAAACCAGCUUGAUGUAUAUAUAUAAAAAGGAUUUUAUCAUUCUUGAAAAUGUAUUUGAAGAAAAAGGGAAGAUACCAACAAGAAACGGAACUUACGCUUAACUUCGUCAUCUAUUAGCAAAAUAGACAAAAUAUGAUACAUUUCAGCACCUUCCGAGGAGCCAGAGCUGUCAGGGUCAUGGUCUCAUGGAGCCUAGUGUUGAUUUGCCAACCACCAACUUGUUAAAUUAGCAGAGUCCUUAAGAUCUCGACUGGUCUCUCUGAGUGGCGACUGGCGACUGGCCACCUGCUGAUUUGAGUACUACUAGUAGUUUUCCGUUUUUGGCAUUGGCAGUAUUGUCCGGCCGCUGAUUCCGCUCAAAGACCGGCCAUGGCCGCCGGCGUCCUCAUGACAAAACCGUUCAUGGCUGCUCUAGCCUGCUUGCUCGUCAUGCCUAGCGUCGUCGCUACCACUACUGUAUCUUUCAACUACUCCAGCUUCAGCAACGCGAGCAAGAACAUCACCCUCCAGGGCAGCGCGGCGCUCGCCGGCGCCGCCGCCGAAUGGAUCGAGCUCACCAAAGGCAAAGGGAACAACCUGUCGAGCGGCGGCACCAUGGGCCGGAUGGUGUACACGCCGCCGGUGCAGCUCUGGGACGCCGCCACCGGCGAGGUUGCCAGCUUCACCACGCGCUUCUCCUUCAACAUCACCCCGAAAAACAAGAGCAACAAGGGCGACGGGAUGACCUUGUUGACCUUCUUCCUCGUCAGCUACCCGUCGAGGAUGCCGUACAUGGGCUACGGCGGCGCCCUCGGCCUCACUAGCCAGACCUUCGACAACGCCACCGCCGGCGACCGGUUCGUCGCCGUCGAGUUCGACACCUACAACAACUCCUUCCUAGACCCCGACGCCACCUACGACCACAUCGGCAUCGACGUCAACGCCCUCCGGUCAGUGAAGACCGAAUCCCUGCCUAGCUUCAUCCUCAUCGGCAACAUGACCGCCAUCGUCGACUACAACAGCAAUUCGAGCAUCAUGUCGGUGAAGCUAUGGGCAAAUGGCUCAACGACGCCUUACAACCUCAGCUCCAAGAUUGAUCUCAAGAGCGCCUUGCCGGAGAAGGUCGCCGUUGGCUUCUCGGCGGCGACGGGUUCAUCCUUUGAGCAGCAUCAGCUGCGUUCUUGGUACUUCAACUUGACGUUGGAGCAGAAGCAGCCGACAGGACAACAUUCGCGUGGCGGAGUUGUAGCGGGAGCCACCGUCGGUGCAAUUCUGUUCAUCGUGCUCCUCUUCACCAUGGUAGCAAUCCUCGUACGACGACGUCAGAGAAAGAAGAUGAGGGAGGAAGAGGAGGACGACUCGGAAGGCGAUCCCAUCGUGGAGAUCGAGAUGGGGACGGGGCCGAGGCGGUUCCCAUACCACAUACUUGUCAACGCGACAAAGAGCUUUGCGGCGGAGGAGAAGCUUGGGCAAGGCGGUUUUGGCGCGGUGUACCGUGGCAAUCUGAGAGAGCUCGGCAUAGACGUUGCCAUAAAAAGGUUCGCCAAAGACUCCUCCAAGCAAGGGAGGAAGGAGUACAAGUCGGAGAUCAAGGUGAUAAGUCGGCUGCGCCACCGCAAUCUCGUGCAGCUCAUCGGUUGGUGCCACGGUCGCAAUGAGCUCCUCCUCGUGUACGAGCUCGUUCCCAACCGCAGCCUUGAUGUCCAUCUCCAUGGCAAUGGUACCUUCCUCACAUGGCCAAUGAGGAUCAACAUUGUUCUUGGGCUUGGGAAUGCACUGCUCUACCUCCAUGAGGAGUGGGAGCAAUGCGUUGUGCACCGUGACAUCAAGCCAAGCAACGUCAUGUUGGAUGAAUCCUUCAAUACAAAGCUAGGUGACUUUGGCCUCGCAAGGCUCAUUGACCAUGCUAUUGGAGCACAAACGAUGACCCACCCCUCAGGUACACCGGGCUAUGUCGACCCUGAAUGUGUGAUCACAGGCAAAGCAAGUGCUGAAUCUGAUGUGUACAGUUUUGGCAUUGUUCUUCUGGAAGUGGCAUGUGGAAGGAGACCAAUGAACCUACUGGAUGACCAGAAUAAUGGCCUCUUCCGACUAGUCGAAUGGGUAUGGGACCUUUACGGCCAGGGAGCCGUUCUCAAAGCGGCCGACGAGCGCCUCAACGGUGACUACGACGCGACAGACAUGGAGUGUGUCUUGGUUGUUGGGCUCUGGUGUGCUCACCCAGACCGAUGCGCUCGUCCAUCUAUUAGAGUUGCCAUGGCAGUUCUCCAAUCCAAUGGACCACUACCGAUGCUACCAACCAAGAUGCCCGUGCCAACAUAUGGGCCGCCGGUGGCCUCAUCAGAGGGCCAGCACUCGUCGUCGACAGGAAUAUCAUCCUCAAGUUUGACACAAACAUCAAUCACACCUCGUUAGGGAUGUACGCUUGCCCACUCAUGGUACACAUUGAUCCACAUCAUUUAAUUAUAAGUGCACUUUUUUUCUA